CUCCUCCAAAGCCGUACAUUAGGCAAACCCGCGCAUCUCUCUCGCUCCUCCUCCUUUCUCUCUCUCUCUCUCUCUUUCUCUUUCUCUCUCUCUAAAAUUCUCCUCCACUCGCUUCUGCCUUCUGGGCUGUGGCUGCCUCUUCUAGUUUUUGGUUAAUCCUCUCCGAAAUCUCAUCUGCAAGGGAAAAACCAAACAAAAACCAUAGAACAACCCAUUAGCCCCGAACCUCCCCAAAACAAUCCAAAAACGUUGUCUUUCUGUAUUGUUAAAUUUCUGUUCCUUUUACUUUUUUUUUUCUCCAACGAACGACUUUGUUUUUCUUCGAUUCUCUAGUGUGUUCAAGGUCAACCUUUUCAUCUGUCUCUAUAAAUUAUUCAUCUUUUGGGGUCGAUUGGGACUUUUUGCAUGCGUGAAAUUCUUCUGGUGCUUGUCCUUGGGUUUGAUUUGUACCUGAAGAGUUUGUUUGUUUGAAUUUUUUCUAUCCAGCUGUGGAAAUUGAGUCGUUUUCUUAGAGUUUAUUGCCAUUCUUUUGUUUGAUUAAUUUUUUGGAAAAAAAAAAAGAGUGUUUGGUGACGAGGUACUUGGGAUUUUGAAGAUUGUUUUGUUUGUUUUAUGUGGAAUAUAAAAGAAAGGGAGCUGGUGUUGAUUUUUCUCAUUGGUGCAUAGUUACCAACAUUGGAGGCAAUUGGGUUGUUGGGAUUAAGUUUCAACUGGAUGAGAUAUUUCUGUUUCGUUUGUUGAAUUUAAGGAUAUCUGUGUUGGGGAAAUCGAUUUUUUAACCCGAAAAAGGCUUUUUGAAUUGAUCUGUUUUGAACAUUUGUCAUUGAUGGGAUUCAUCCAAAUCUGGCAAAGAUGAUGAUGGCGAAAAAAUCGAAGCUUUGUUGAUCAUGUCUCUCUAAGACAGCAGUUUAACACAGAUUUGUUUCUGGGAUUUGCUUGUUUUCUUUUUAUUGUUUUUGGUUGUUUCGGUUACCGUUUGGCGGUUGGUGUUCCGUGUUUUGGUUGUUCUGCAUUGAUUGUUAGUAAUGGAUUCAAGGACAAGUGAGAAUGUUGAAGUUGCAGAUGUACCAAACAUGGUGGAUCACCAGAAAGGUAAUAUGAAUUCAAAACUUAGGAGUGCAGGGAGUAUGAGUUUCAAAGAGGUGGAACCAAAAAUUAAUGGCACAGGAAGUAUUAGUAGCAAAGAGAUGAUCUUCCGAGCAGAUAAAAUCGAUUUGAAGAACUUAGAUAUACAGCUUGAGAAACAUUUGAGCCGGGUUUGGUCCAGAAACAUUGAGAGUACCAGGCCUAAGGAAGAAUGGGAGAUUGAUUUAGCUAAAUUGGAAAUAAGAUAUAUUGUAGCUCGAGGGACCUAUGGUACCGUAUUCAGGGGCACCUAUGAUGAUCAAGAUGUUGCAGUGAAGCUGUUGGACUGGGGGGAGGAUGGCUAUGCCACAGGUGCUGAAACUGCUGCUCUACGGGCCUCAUUUCAAAAAGAAGUAGCUGUCUGGCACAAGCUUGACCAUCCUAAUGUUACAAAAUUCAUUGGAGCUUCAAUGGGAACUUCAGAUCUUAAAAUUCCUACAAAAGGCUCUUCAAGUGACGGUGUAGAUUCUCAUCCUACUAGAGCGUGUUGUGUUGUUGUGGAAUAUCUUGCUGGUGGGACGCUAAAGCAAUUUUUGAUAAGAAACAGGCAAAAGAAACUUGCCUUUAAGGUUGUGAUCCAACUUGCUUUGGACCUCUCUAGAGGUCUUAGCUAUCUGCAUUCUCAAAAGAUCGUACACCGUGAUGUCAAAACAGAGAAUAUGCUACUUGAUACUCGCAUAAACCUUAAAAUAGCUGAUUUUGGUGUUGCUCGUGUUGAAGCUCAGAAUCCAAGAGACAUGACUGGUGAAACUGGUACCCUUGGAUACAUGGCUCCAGAGGUUCUAGAUGGUAAGCCUUAUAAUAGAAGAUGUGAUGUCUAUAGCUUUGGCAUAUGCUUAUGGGAAAUUUAUUGCUGCGACAUGCCCUACCCAGAUCUUAGCUUUGCUGAUGUAUCAUCUGCAGUUGUUCGGCAGAACCUACGACCAGAAAUCCCCAAAUGCUGUCCAAGUUCUUUGGCAAGCAUCAUGCGCAAGUGCUGGGAUGGAAAUGCAGAUAAACGUCCUGAAAUGGGUGAGGUGGUGAAAAUGUUGGAAGUAAUUGAUACGAGCAAAGGAGGCGGAAUGAUACCUGAAGACCGUUCUCCGGGCUGUUUCUGUUUUGCUCCCACUCGCGGGCCAUGAGCUUAUUACCCUUUAUUUGUACCAGCCACCAAAGGAAAUUGAUUGGGCUGUUUUCUUGCCAGAAAGAUGAUAAAAAGAAGGAUGGUAAUGUUUUCUCGGAUAUGCAGUUGCCGAUUUUCCGCUUAGCGUUGCAAACUUGUUUCUUUAUUGAAUGAAGAAAGGUUUAUGGAAUUUUCAUCAAUCUCUAUUCCAGCUUGUGUUUGUGAUGUGGUUCUGUUUCGAUAUUGGGACGUGCCAUAUCAAAUGGUCCAAGGUGGUUACAGUUGAGGGCUUAAGGUGUUCGUGCAUUUGAGAAUAAAUUGAUCAAACCUGGGAUCGAACGCGUGCUGUACAAGGAAAAAAAGAGCCGAGGUAAUCGUUGCUUAGGAACUAACCAGGAUUGACUGGACAGGAGCAAGUUGAACAGCUUAUUAAAAUGUAUUUCGGGUUGGUUUUAAAGGAACUUAAAAAGUGAGGAAAUUUGAGAGAUUUCAUUAAGUAUUUUAAUUAUUCAUAAAUCAUAAAUCUCACCCCCUUCUAUUGAGA